GCGGGCGCGCACGGCCUCGGGCGCCUUUCUGCGUCUGAGCCACAGGGACCGCUCGGCCUUCGGGGGCGGCAGCAGGAGAAGGACGGAAAAAUGACUCCAAGAAUCGGGUUCCCGUUUUGCUGCUUAAGCCGGAGGCUACAGAUUCCGCGGCUGCUUCUCGUGUGUGUGACCUGCCACGCCACUGCCAUCGGCGCCUUAUGGCAACCUGGCCUGGAAGGAAAUGCCCGCCUUUUGCAACUUCUCAGUAACAGGUCAAACCAGGAGCAGGGCUAUUGUGAAGCAGAAGCUAGAUUAGCUUCGUCUCUCGACUUUUGGACUCUCUCCUCUGAAAACCUCAUAGCUGUGUUGCCAGUUGAUCCUGUUAAAGAAAAUUAUGUUCGUAAAGUGAAAAACUGUGUUUUUUCCAUUGCUUUCCCUACUCCUUUUAAAUCAAGAGUACACCUUGUGGCAGUUUCAAAGGAAGUUCUAGAAGAUAUUUUGGACCUUGAUUUAUCCGUCUCAGAAACAGAUGAUUUUAUCCAGCUUGUAAGUGGCAAAAAGAUUGUAUUUGGAUCCAUUCCAUUGGCUCACAGAUAUGGUGGCCAUCAGUUUGGAAUAUGGGCAGAUCAGCUUGGGGAUGGAAGAGCCCAUCUUAUUGGAAUUUACAUGAACAGGCUGGGUGAAAAGUGGGAACUUCAAUUAAAAGGCUCAGGAAAGACCCCAUACUCCCGAAAUGGUGAUGGCAGAGCUGUACUUCGUUCCUCCGUGAGAGAAUUUUUGUGUAGUGAGGCUAUGUACUAUCUUGGAAUCCCAACCAGCAGAGCUGCAAGUCUAGUUGUAAGUGAUGAUGAAGUAUGGAGAGAUCAGUUCUACAAUGGGAACAUUGUGAAAGAACGAGGUGCAGUAGUGCUUCGCGUUGCAAAAUCAUGGUUUAGAAUCGGAUCAUUAGAAAUUUUGACUCAUUAUGGUGAACUGGAUUUACUAAGGACAUUAUUAGAUUUCAUCAUACAGGAACAUUUCCCCUCAGUAGAUAUCAAAGAACCUAAUAGAUAUGUGGAAUUUUUUUCCAUUGUGGUAUCUGAGACGGCACAACUGAUUGCUCUGUGGAUGUCUGUUGGUUUUGCUCAUGGUGUUUGUAAUACUGAUAACUUCAGUUUGUUAUCCAUUACAAUUGACUAUGGUCCAUUUGGUUUUAUGGAAGCCUAUAAUCCAGAUUUUGUGCCAAACACAUCUGAUGAUGAAAGAAGAUAUAAAAUAGGAAAUCAGGCCAAUAUUGGGAUGUUUAAUUUGAAUAAGUUGUUACAAGCUCUAAACCCAAUACUGGAUCCAAGGCAAAAGCAGCUUGCCACUCAGAUUCUUGAGGGGUAUCCUGUUCUCUAUUACACAAGAUUUAGAGAAUUGUUCAAAGCCAAAUUGGGACUACUUGGAGAAAGGAAGGGUGAUGAUGAUUUAAUUGCAUUUCUCUUACAUCUCAUGGAAAACACAGAAGCUGAUUUUACAAUGACAUUUCGGCAGCUCAGUGAGAUUACUCAAAGCCAGUUACAGGAGCUCAACAUUCCUCAGCAAUUUUGGGCACUGAAGAUGAUUUCAAAACAUGAACUCUUUCCUGCCUGGGUGUCUCAGUACCUUUUGAGACUGAAGAGUAACAUGAAUGAUUCGGAUAUUGAAAGAAGAAAAAGAAUGAUGACUAUUAAUCCUAGAUAUGUGCUGAAGAACUGGAUGGCAGAGUCUGCAGUGCAAAAAGCAGAAAGGAAUGAUUUUUCAGAGGUCUAUCUUCUGCAGCAAGUUCUUCAGCAUCCUUUUCAGAAGCAUUCUGCAGCUGAGAAAGCAGGCUACUCCUCACCUACUCCUGCUUGGGCUAGAGAUCUCAGAGUUAGCUGCUCAUCUUGAUUUGGAAAAAGAAAUUAAAGAAUACUUCUGUCAUUGAACUUAACAUAGAAUAAUUAAUUUGAUAAAUUCUUAUCUACAUUUUGAUGAAAAUCCUGAAUUUCAUAGUGGUUAUAUAUAAAAAUAUUCUUAACUAGAUAAACUGGACCUAUUUUUUGUAACAUCUUUGUGAUCAUUUUUUUUUUCCGAAAGCUGCUUUAUUAUAUACUUGAGUUACAGGAAGUUACAUCACAUCUGGGAGUGCCUUUGACAUCAUGAGAUCCAUCCCCUUAACACUGGGCGGGAGAGUCAAACUGGGUGGCGUCCAGUCUUUGACUGGUCCCGCCUCCAGGGCGGGGCUUUUGCCCUCACACUGAAUCCAGCU